GUUAUACACAAGUAUACUAAACUCGGCCUGAAACAACCAUUGCCAGGGUUUCACUCACAGCGCAACACCCUCGAGCCCGGUCCCGGUGCCUGCACCCCGUUUUGCAAUGUCAUGCUGCUGCUGCUGUGUGUGCCCCGCCCAGGAGACGGUGGCCAUCGUCGAGAACUGUGGUAAAUUCAGCCAUAUCGCACACCCGGGCUUCAACUGCCUGCUGUGCUGCUUGGGCGCGAGUGUGGCCGGCUCUUUGUCGCUGCGUGUACAGCAGCUGGAUGUCAAGUGCGAGACCAAGACCAAGGAUAACGUCUUCGUGAACCUGGUCGUGAGUGUGCAGUACCAGGUCCAGCGUGAGGCGGUCUACGACGCCUACUACAGGCUGACGGACAGCAGGCAGCAGAUCUCGGCCUACGUGUUUGAUGAGGUGCGCGCGGCUGUGCCCAAGAUGAGCCUGGACGACACGUACGAGCUCAAGGACGAGAUCGCCAAGGGCAUCAAGGACGCACUGGCCAAGUCCAUGUCCGAGUACGGCUACCUGAUCAUCCACGUCCUGGUGAAUGACAUCGCCCGCCCACAAGGUGAAGGAGGCCAUGAACGAAAUCAACGCGGCGCGGCGGAUGCGCGUUGCGGCGGCGGAGAAGGCGGAGGCGGAGAAGGUGGCGGUGGUCAAGAGCGCAGAGGCGGAGGCGGAGGCCAAGUUCCUGCAGGGCCAGGGUAUCGCGCGCCAGCGCCAGGCCAUCAUCAGCGGGCUGCGCGAUUCGGUGUCGGACUUCCAGAACGGCGUCGUCGACAUCAGCUCCAAGGAGGUGCUCAGCCUCAUGCUGCUGACGCAGUACUUCGACACGCUCAAGGACCUGGGUGCGCACAACCGCGCCUCCACAGUAUUCCUCAACCACGCGCCGGGCGGCGUCAACGACAUCGCCAACCAGAUUCGGGGGGCGUUCAUGGAGGCCAACGCCGCCGGGCUGCCUGGGUCGUCGGGCGCGGGGCCGUCGCUGCCGCCCAAGAAGACAGCGUGAGCAGCUGGGCAACAUGGCAGGCCGCUGCUAGAGCUGCUGCCAGUUGUCGGAUCCGCGUAGUGCGUGGAUACGCGCUGACUUAUCGCAGCGCAGUGGAGAUAAGUCUAGUUAUUGCGACGUAACUGCCGUGUUGCGUUAGAGUCACGCACGGCGCAGGACGCUCGGGUACGUGCCUGUGCAUGGGGCCGAACCGAGCUGGGUCUUGUACGCGUCAGGAGCACACGGCGCCUUAUCUGCCGUUGUGCUUCUGUACUGUAUUUCGGAUCGUCCCUCUGCCGGGACGGUGACCUCAGUGUGUCGCACUUAAACGUUCCCUACAUUUCUGGACUUUCUUUGCAAUCCUAUACCUGGUUCUAACUAUACUUGACCAUGUAUGGACCGAAUAAGCGUUUAAUAUAUACUCAGACGGAGUUGCAGCGUUUUGUUGCGCGAUCCUGCUCAAUGGAACCCCUUAGCUUGAUCACGCUCGCUCUCUGAUCGUAAGGGAAUGCCCUUCGAAGCUUCUCUGGCGCUUUGAACCACGCUUUGGUUCGGGGGCCGCAUUCGGGAGCAAAUCGGAGCAGAGCGGAGCUUUCAAGCGGAGCAAAGGCGCGCGAAGCGUUGCGGACAAGGCGUUCGGCAAGUCACUGAAAGCAAAAGGGCAUGCACAGCUGUGCGGGCGGGCUACUUGCUUGCCAUGCGCGGUCCUGCUUGCCGUGCCUUCGUGUCUACCCGUCGCUUUACAGUUCACAGCUUUGUGCAAUACCUUUCCACAUCUUCCAUUGUGCCACCCCCACCUCCCCAAGACCCUCAGGACUUUUGGCGCGGUACUUCUCCUGUCUGCCUAUCCAGGCCGCAGGGCCCGCGUGCCCUUGGGGAAAGGGCGUGUGUGCCGUUGGGAUCCGGCCUGUGCGCCGCAAGCAACGGGCUUUGCGCCCUUGCCUUAUGGACAAUGGACGGCAUACGUGCCCUUAUGAUACGGCCUGUGUGCCGCAAGCAAUGGGCUCCGCGCCCUUGCUUUAUGGACAAUGGACGGCAUACGUGCCCUUAUGAUACGGCCUGUGCGCCGCAAGCAACGGGCUCCGCGCCCUUGCUUUAUGGACAAUGGACGGCAUACGUGCCCUUAUGAUACGGCCUGUGUGCCGCAAGCAACGGGCUCCGCGCCCUUGCUUUAUGGACAAUGGACGGCAUACGUGCCCCUAUGAUACGGCCUGUGCGCCGCUAGCAACGGGCUCCGCGCCCUUGCUUUAUGGACAAUGGACGGCAUACGUGCCCUUAUGAUACGGCCUGUGCGCCGCAAGCAAUGGGCUCCGUGCCCUUGCUUUAUGGACAAUGGACGGCAUACGUGCCCCUAUGAUACGGCCUGUGCGCCGCAAGCAACGGGCUCCGCGCCCUGGCUUCAUGGACAAUUUACGGCGUACGUGCCCUCAUGAUACAGCCUGUGCGCCGCAGGCAACGGGCUCCGCGCCCUUGCUCCAUGGACACUUCACGGCGUACGUGCCCUCAUGAUACGGCCUGUGUGCCGCAGGCAACGGGCUCCGCGCCCUUGCUUCAUGGACAAUGCGCCGCGUACGUGUUCUUAUGAUACGGCCUGUGCGCCGCAAGCAACGGGCUCCGCACCCUUGUUUUAUGGACAAUUCACGGCAUACGUGCCCGUAUGAUGUGACCUGUGUGCCGCAAGCAACGGCUUCGCACCCUUGCUUUUGGGUAAUAGAUGGCAUACGUGCCCUUAUGAUACGACCUGUGUGCCGCAAGCAACGGGCUCCACACUCUUGCGUUGUGGAUUAUAGACGGCAUUGAAAUGCUUACGUGCCUUCGUUGUACAUGCCUUUGCGUUGUGGACAAUGUGUGGUCUGAGCGCCACGUUCGGAUACGGCGUGUGUGCCGCCAGCAACAGGCUUUGCGCCUCGCAUCAUGUGUCUUGCGAUAUGGCCUGUGUGCCGCAUGCAAUUAUGCUGCCUGCCCUGUCGUUAUGGACGCUUCGACUUGUUGCGUGCCCUGCUGCGUGCCCUGUCGCAAUACGCCUUGAGUGUACCGUGCACGGCAAGCCUGCGCCUCGCUAUUGCUUCGUGUUGACAACGGAGCGGGCUUACGUGAUCAUGCGUCACCCUGUACGUCUUGAGGUCCGCACGCACAUCAUACUAUCACGCGGCACCACCCUUGUAGUUUGGCUGACGCACCCCAAGCCAACCUAUAUGCAUUCGAUGUGUGCGCUAGGCCCAAGUGCCGAAUUUGUUUUUCCGGAUAUUUCGCCCUCAGUGAGCGAUGUGGAGUUUUGUGCAGUUCGGCCAGCAUGCUAUGCCCAGCCAAUAACAAUACCGCAUGACGCAUAACUAUACCGC